CCGUCUUCCUCCUCGCGGCGGUCGUUUUCACCUCUCAGGUCUUUGUUCACAGACUCCCAGGCUUCAGGGCGCUGGUCGUGAGGAGGAGGCGGCCUGGGAGGCAGCGCGCCUGCCGUGCGGGGUGUGUCUGAGGCUCCUUGAGCCCCAACAUCCCGAGAUUGGGGUCCCCGUGCCUCCCGGACUCCUCUCUGCUCACAGCGUCCCCGCAGCCGGACCCCAUUUCACCCUCCAGCCUGGGGGACCGGCCUCUCAGGUCCCGCCGCCCAGGUCCCAGCGCUCAGAAUGAGGAAGAACAGACUAGAAGACAGAGGACAGCAGUUGUGGAGAGGAAGGAGAAGUCCUGUAAAUGAUAAGGAUAUGAACUUUGAGGACGUGGCCAUUGUAUUCUCUCAGGAGGAAUGGGGGCUCCUUGAUGAGGCUCAGAGACUUCUGUACUGCGAUGUGAUGCUGGAAGUGUUUGCACUUGUGUCAUCUGUAGGUUGUUGGCAUAAAAUCGAUGGUGAUGAGGCCUGUUCUGUAUUUAUACAAGGAGAGUCGCACGUCAGAGCUUCUAAGACAGCUCCAGUCACCCAGAAGAUCCCUCUGUGUAAGCUGUGUUUCUCUCUGUUAAAAGUUAUUUUGCACUUGACUGGUUCACAUGCAGCAUACUUUGAGCAGAAAGCCUUCUGUAGUGACACAUGUGUUGGAGACUUCUGUUUCAGUGCAAACCCUCACGAGCAGCAGAGGAAUGAAUGUGGAGACGAGCCCUGGAAAGAAGCUAUGGACAGGGCUUCCUUUGUGAGCAGGUCCAGCUUCUACUUAUCUUCGGUGGCUUCAGCCAGCAGGGAGGUUGGGGAAGUCUUGCAAUACAACUCAGAGCUUCCCAAGCACCAGGCCACUCUCAACACUGAGGAGCUACCCUGUGGCAGUGAGAUUUCCCAGGAAUUUCACAGUGGAAAAAGUCAUCACCAGUGGGAUGAAUGUGAAAAUGCUGCCAGCCACAACCUGAAAGUUGUUCAGUGUCAGGGAGUGUGUUCUGGAGAACUGCUUCAUGAAUGUAACAAAUGUAGGAAUGUUUUUAGACGAAUUUUUAACCUCGUUCAACAUAAGAGAGUUCACACUGGAGAAAAGCUGUAUGAGUGUAGAGAAUGUGGGCUGUCCUUUCCUCUAAGGGCUCACCUCACUAAACACCUCCGAAUUCACACUGGAGAGAAGCCAUAUGAGUGUACUGAAUGUGGAAAGUCUUUUACCAAAAAAUAUAUACUUAAUAGACACUUCAGAGUUCACAGUGGCAAAAAGCCAUAUGAGUGCUGUGGUUGUGGAAAAUCCUUCAGUGAUAAGGCUGCCCUCAAACAACACCAGAGAGUUCACUCUGGAGAAAAGCCCUAUAAGUGUACAGAAUGUGGUGUGUCAUUUCGUGUAAGGUCUUCACUCACUGGACACCUCAGAGUUCACACUGGAGAAAAGCCAUAUGGGUGUUCUGAAUGUGGGAAGUCUUUUUGCCAAAAAUACAACCUUACUAAGCACCUGAGAGUUCACAGUGGCAACAAGCCAUAUGAGUGCUGUGAUUGCGGAAAAUCCUUCAGUGAUAAAUCUUACCUCAAAGAACACCAAAGAGUUCACACUGGAGAGAAGCCAUAUGAGUGUGCUGAAUGUGGGAAGUCUUUUAGCCAAAACUCCAGCCUUAUUAAGCACCUGAGAGUUCACAGUGGCAAAAAGCAAUGUGAGUGCCGUGAUUGUGGAAAAUCCUUUAGUGAUAAAUCUUACCUCAAACAUCACCAGAGAAUUCACACAGGAGAAAAGCCCUAUGAAUGCAGAGAAUGUGGGCUGUCCUUUCCUCUAAGGGCUCACCUCACUAAACACCUCCGAGUUCACACUGGAGAGAAGCCAUAUGAGUGUAAUGAAUGUGGAAAGUCUUUUAGCGAAAAAUAUAAAUUUAAUAGACACUUCAGAGUUCACAGUGGCGAAAAGCCAUAUGAGUGCUGUGAUUGUGGAAAGUCCUUCAGUGAUAAUUCUACCCUCAAACAACACCAGAGAAUUCAUACUGGAGAAAAGCCCUAUAAGUGUAGAGAAUGUGGAAUGUCAUUUCGUGUAAGGUCUUCACUCACUGGACACCUCAGAGUUCACACUGGAGAAAAGCCAUAUGAGUGUACUGAAUGUGGGAAGUCUUUUAGCCACAAAUCUAGCCAUAUUAAACACCUGAAUGUUCACACUGAAGUAAAGUAUUAAAUGUGCAGGGAAUGUUUUCUUUGUCUCACUUAGUAUAACAACACUGAAGGCGAAUUUUUGGGACCUGUUUUUCUGAAUAUACACCCCAUUUAAUGGAACAUUCACUCUGAUAUAUUCCUCAUAAGUUUCAAGUACAAGUGAGGCUUGGAGGAGCUCCAUUGUACUUGCUAACAUGCCCAGACGUACUUACUGCCCAAUUGAUGUCACA